GGGGUCGACCUUUCCACCUCCUAGCCUCUCGGAGUUUGUGGCUCGGGGACCCACCCAUUAUUUUCCUGAAGAGGCGGGGAUCCUCACCGGGUCUCCGGUGCUCGUACGAGCCGGGGGCCCAGAACUCAGCCCUCCCUCCUCUUCAGUCCCCUCAGCAGUGGUUAACCGAACAGUCUGCAGUCAGAGAACAGCCCAGAGCGAGGAACAAAGGAGGCUGAGACUCGACUACCCGUGGUGAUUCUUUUGGGCUGGGGUGGCUGCACGGACAAGAACCUUGCCAAGUACAGUGCCAUCUACCAUAAAAUGGGCUGCAUCGUGAUCCGAUACACAGCCCCAUGGCACAUGGUCUUCUUCUCCGAGUCCCUGGGCAUCCCUUCACUUCGUGUUUUGGCCCAAAAGCUGCUUGGGCUGCUCUUUGAUUAUGAGAUUGAGAAGGAGCCCCUGCUCUUCCAUGUCUUCAGCAAUGCCGGCGCCAUGCUCUACCGCUAUGUGCUGGAGCUCCUGCACACCCAUCGGCGCUUCUGCCACCUGCGUGUGGUGGGCACCAUCUUUGACAGCGGUCCUGGUGAUAGCAACCUGGUGGGGUCUCUUCGGGCCCUGGCAGCCAUCCUGGAGCACCGGUCUGCCGUGCUGCGCCUGCUGCUCCUGGUAGCCUUUGCCCUGGUGGCAGUCCUGUUCCACGUCCUGCUCGCUCCACUCACUGCCUUCUUCCACACUCACUUCUAUGACAGGCUGCGGGAUGCAGCCUCUCGCUGGCCCGAGCUCUACCUCUACUCACGGGCUGACGAGAUGAUCCUGGCCAGGGAUGUGGAAUGCAUGGUGGAGGCACGCCUGGCACACAGGGUCCUGGUGCGUUCUGUGGACUUUGUGUCAUCUGCACACGUCAGCCACCUCCGUGACUACCCUACUUACUACACGAGCCUCUGUGUCAACUUCAUGCGCAGCUGUGUCCACUGCUGAUGACUUUGCCCUGCCUCGCCUCUGCUCCGCCCCACAAAUAAAUGCCUGACACCUCCCCACAACCUGCAUCUGUGGGGCCCUCUUUUAGUUCAACCCCUAUGGCCCCUUGGGACUUUGUGGUCCCCCAAGUAGAAAAUUCCCAUGGGCCUCUGUCCUGGGUCUGCUUAUCCAGGGAUCUUAGGGGGUAGGAGUCUCUAUGGGAGCCUUGCAUUUGGUUGUAUUUGGACAACCAAAUACAGGCUGAUAAUCCCUGUGGCAUUUAGGCUAUGAAGGGUUAACAAAAGGGGGGUUGAGGAUGGGCCUCAGAGUUGAUUUUGGAUUUCCUUGAAUGGAAAGUGAGCUUUGAGGGGUGGUGCCAGAGGGUGAGGGCAGGCUGGGGGUAGGGGCUGUGAUCUCGGUUCCAAGGUUCCGGAAAGGCAAAGCCCCACCCACAGCGUAAAGCCCCAUCCCCGUGGAUCCCCAGUGGCAGUUCACUCAGAGCGGCCUCUCUUACCUUGUUGCCAAGGAGUCUGAGGUAGAAGCCUGAUGAAGAGCUGAGGAUACAGAGCUGAAGGGCUUGUCCUGGUUCACCAAACUUUGCUGGGAAGCCACUGGAUCCAGAAAAGUUGCAACCUUUUGUCUAGGGCAGAUGGAGUGGGGAGCAGGAGGGCAGUUGUGCUAUAAUAGGAGCUGGGACAAGCUAACUUGGGAACCCUGAAGACCAGAACCAGGGUACGGGGCCAUUUGGCUGAAAAAAACUCAUUUCCUUGAUGGAGACCCACUUGGAUACUCUCUAGGCAGGAGGGGUGGCUACAGCCUUAUAGUUUUGUAUCACUUAUCAUUUUACAAGUCAUGGGUGCACAAUGCUGGCACACAGUAGGUAUUCAAUAAAAAUUUGUUGAUGGA